AUGAGGAUGAAACAGAGGAGUGGGUCGUAUGUCUCCUCGUACAGCACGAGGGAGACCGAAGUUGCGGAUAUCCUCGUGGAGUUCGGAAGUCUUGUACGGGAAUUCGAGUGCGGCUGCGGAACCCGGCCACUGUCGUGGGGUCGGAAGAAAAAGAGAUCUGCGAUUGGUGUUAAUCCGAAAGCAGAAGAAGCUUCAAGUCCCGCAACCCCUCUCUCCUUCUCUCCCAGUGAAUCCGAUGAAAACCCUUCCUCUUUCUUCAGGAGAAACGUUUCUGUCAAGAGGAAGAGAGAACACUGUCUGAAGACUAUACAGGAUUUGACCAAAGCCAACGAUUUGCUCUCAGGGGAGAUAAAGAACGUGAAGAGUUACUUUGACAAGUUGAAAGACACGAAUCUGAAGUUGAAAGCAAUGAAGCAAAAGCUAAGUAAUGGCCCAAGUCAAGGUGUUAUCGUACAGAAGCAACCGCAACCGCAACCACAACUGCAAUUCCCCGCUGUGGCGCAUCACCCACCGAUGAUCUUUAAUCAGACGGCUUGUGGAGUCGCAACGACGUCGUUGGGAGUACCAUCAUCGAGUAGUAACGAUGUGGGCCCAAUUGGAAUUCCCGAUCUGAACCUGCCACUCGACGAGUCCAUGACAAUGGAGUUUUGUGAAUCGUUGGAUGUGAACGUGAACGUGAGUGUGGCUAACAAGAAUCUGAGUAGGGCCAUGGCAGCUCAGGCUCGCCAGAAUAGGAUUCACAUUUACAGGUUCAAGAAUUCAAUAGGAGUUAGUAGUAAACCCCGUUACUCUUGUAGAUGA